GCAGUGUGUGCAGUUAUAAAAAGAGGACGUCACUGUUUGGACUGUAACUGGACCCCUGCAGGAUGAGCUGCUCGGGACCAACAGAACUAUUCUUAGACCUUUUGUUAUGCUGACGGCCGUCACGCUGAAAACAUGUGGAAGGUCAAACCUCCAGUUUAUUUCCCCAUGGAGACGAGGUACCGCCCAAUUUUGGAGAGUUUGGUCCCCCCCGACCCCAUGUCCCAGUUCAACCUGAGGAGAGGGUCCCCUGACGAGGAGUUUCCUGACCUGAGCAGGAACUACACCUGGAUGGGACGGAUCCUCACACGGGCCAUGUACAGCCGCCAGUUCCACCGCUGCACCCACAGCGGGGUCCUCUUCGAUGAUGUCAUCCGCCCGGGCCUCGAGGAACCAGGUGAUUGGUGCAGUCCUGCCUCUGUGGGCUGUGUGGCGGGCGAUGCUGAGUCCUACAUCCUGUUCUGCGACUUCUUUGACCGUGUCAUCGAGGCGCAUCACGGACACAAGAUCACCAGUCAGACGCCAGAAAGCGACUUCAACUGCGACAACUUGAAGGGGGGUGAUGACUUGGACAGAUCAUACGCUGGACGCUUAGAGGUGAGCGUUGUCCGAGGCGUUGAGGACUUCUGUUUCCCAACACACUGCAGCCGAGGAGAGCGCAGAGAGCUCCUCACACUGGCCAGGAGAGAGAGAUGUUUUGAAGAAAACUUCAGUUGUUCAGACGAGUUUGUGUCCUGUAUGCCCUCAGCUCUUCAGCGAAUGGAAGAGGACGUGCUGCCGGGUCAAUUCCUCUUACAGGAGGAUCUGAACCAGGAGUCGAAGAGGGAGGUGGACUUUGACCCGCCAUCAGCCUCGCAGUUCCGUAUCGGCGUGGCACGAGACUGGCCUGACGCUAGGGCAGUAUGGGUGAGUAAAGAUGGCAGCCUGGUUGUCUGGGUCAACAUGGAGGACCACCUCAGACUUGUGUCCACACGAGACGACGCCAACAUCACCGAGGCAUUCAAAUGCAUGUUCAUCAACCUGCAGAAGCUGGAGGAUUUUUACCGGGAACUCAAACACCCGUUCACCUGGAAGCAGCAGCUGGGGUGGGUCACCAGCUCUCCAGCCGACGUGGGAACAGGUCUAAGGAUCAGUGUGCAGCUCAAACUGCCAUUCCUCCCCAAACACAAACGCCUGCAGGACAUCCUGAAGAGACUGAGGCUCUGCAUGGACACGACAGAAUCUCCAACACUGUAUUGUGUGAGCAACACGUCAACCUUCGGCCUGAGCGAGGUGGGACUGACCCAGCUUGUGGUAGACGGGGUCAAACUGCUCAUCGCCAUGGAGAAGAGGCUGGAGGUCAAUGGAGACAUCGACGGGCUCGUUCCUGCACAGAAGUAGAUCUUGAUGAUGACUAGCUUGAGUGAGUAGGAAGGAAGGACUGAGAAACCAAACACUGGAAUCUGUUUAAUUAAGAAUAAAUUAUACAAACACUAACAUCCACUAAAAAUAGGUGUGUCUUUCUCGUUGAGGGUAGUAAUAUUAUGCUGCAUUGAUUUAGAGUCAUUGGGUCACAUGAUAUGAAAGCUAUUGAAAAGAAAUGUGACUUUUCAAUAAAAAAACGUUUGAAUUUUCCUAACAAUAUGAAUGUAACUAAGUAGAGUAAACACUUUAAUUACAAUAAAAGAGGUCUCUCCUAGUCAAA